AUGAUGCAACAGCAGGUCGCAUACGCUGAGGCGAACAGACAGUAUAUCCCUCCAAGACCAUCAGCAGGGCACAGCCUACCAUUACAUGAAAAAAAACGACGGUACAAACCUGGGACUGUUGCGCUGCGCGAGAUCCGCAAGUACCAACAAUCGACCGACUUGUUGAUCUCCAAACUUCCCUUUGCGCGCGUCGUGCGUGAAAUUGCAGAUGAGUUUAUCGAGGCAAACUAUGACUCAAGUGCCCAGGCUGUGGGGCUGCGGUGGCAAAGCUCGGCGAUUCUUGCGCUACAAGAAGCUACGGAGGCGUAUUUGGUGCACCUGUUCGAGGAUGCCAACCUGUGCGCGAUUCACGCGAAGCGGGUGACGAUUAUGCAACGUGAUAUACAGCUUGCGCGGCGGAUUCGUGGUGUGUGGGGUGGUAUUGGAUAA